UGCAUUAAAUUUUACGUUGAAAGAGUGCAUUUACAGACCUCAGAAAAGUAAAUCAAGGCACUCGAUCUAUCGGCAAACCUUGUCAUACAAUAUUUCCGAUUUUAAUAAACUGCAAAUUCGAGAAUAAAAAGACGGGAAACGUUGUUUAUCAAAUCGAAUGUCUAAUUAAAAGCAGAAUAAUUUUAGUGUUAUUUAAUAAGUCAGUAAAAACUAUCUUAGAGAAUAAUUAAUGUUUUGAAUUUUGAUUAACAAAACAUGUGAUUGACGAUGUGGCAAACCAGCAGCGCACAGAGCCACUCUCGCUCCGCUCGCGACGGUGGCGCCGCGUGGUGGCAAAACGCUCAUAGAAACUGGGCCUUAAUGUGAAUUUUUUCUUUUUAAGAUCAUUUUCCUCUCUAUUAUGUAAAUUGAUAAUUUUAUUUGAAUGUAUGUAUGAUGUACCUGGGCAGUAAUUGCCUUCUGAUACAAUCAAUAAAGACACUUUGCAACUAAAUUUAAAUUUCUUUUAUGCUAUUCAAAUUUCAUUGUAUGGAUGGAAUCUCCUUGCCUAAUUAUUUUUUUUAAAUUUUUCAAUUCUGAAUGGAAUACAUUAAAAUAUAUUUAAUUCGACUCAAAUAUAAUGAAAAAAAAGAACUCAUUUUCAAUUAUUUUCUUCUCAGGAAAGACUAUUUCCAGACUCAUUUUAAACGUUAUUUUGAAAUCAGGAUAAUAUUUUCAAAACGGUUAGGAAAUAUUUUAAUUUUUUUUACUUCUAUAUAAAUAAGCAUGGUGAAUCUUUAGGCUUUAUCACAGGUUUUGCGUCAGAACUGUCAGGUUGCAUAUUUACAAGAAACACUGAUGAAAUUUAAGAAUAUUUGGAGAAAACAAAAGAUACAAUUUAAAUAUUAUUUUGAUCUUUUCUCUCUUUGAUACUAUUGGCUUUAGAUGGGAAUUGCCGAGCAUAAAAAAGUAGAGUCUGAAUGAUAUAAUUAUUUAAUUUAAUUGUCCAGCUGGGCAGGGUAAAACGCCAAUAUGCGGCAAAACCCAGCGAUCUUUGAACUGGUAUUUUUUUUGUACUAAGCAAACGCGCGGGUCAAAAGAGUCUGGGAUUCCACAUCAUUUUGAACAAAUUGUAUAUUGGGAAUGCAAUAAAAUAAUUAUGAAGGUUACGAGAUCAGAAGCGAGGUCAAAUGUAGGAUUGCUAUAUAAAGUGGGCUCGGGUUUGCAAAAUGUCUCAUUAUUUCCCACACAACAAUCAGUGCCGCAGACCAUCACAUUCCUCUGAACGUCUGAGAAAUUGAAAACGCAAGUUUAAAACAACAUUUCGCGAGUCAUGUGGCCAAACAUAACAUGGGUGUUUAUCGCUACCUUCAUGUUUGCAACUUCUUUGCAAACAACGAAUGCGAAAAUGACGAUUGAAAACAGAAACAAGCUGAUCCAUGCGAUGACGACAGAAUUAUUUGAGCCCGCUUUCCUGCCAAAGGGACCAGAUCGAUUGGUGGUCAAAAUCUCAAAAAAUGCCAACCAUUGUUACGAAGAUCUGCGAGCAAUUGAAAGGCUGCAGGCCGCCACCAUCAACGACCUCUCCAACAUCAUUUACUUGUCUGACAUCCGAGCCAUACCGAAUCUCGACUUUCUCAAAGAACUGCCCAGGGACGAGUUGUUCUCCAUCUUCAUGCCGCACCACCAGCGAUUGGCCAGCAAACUGAUCAAUCUGCUCAUGGAGGUGGGCGAUGUUGACGAAAUGCUGCAACGCGCCUACUGCAUCAGGGACAAAACCAAUCCCGGUCUCUUCGUCUACGCUUUGAGCUUUGUUUUGGUGCAUCGACCUGAUUGCAGAUCUCUCAAGAUGCGUUCUCUAGCGCACAUUUUCCCUGGAAACUUCAUCAAAAGUUCCGAAUUGGAAGUGGCGCAGCAUCAAAUGACGAUUGACAUCAUCAACCAAAAAGAUGAGACAGUGGUCGAGCAACCCUUCGACUUCAGCGGUAACGACCUGGACCCAGAGCACUGGCUUUCCUACUUCCGAGAGGACGUCUUCAUGAACCUUCAUCACUGGCACUGGCAUAUCUGGUACCCUUUCAUCGAUCCGAAGAAUGCUUCAAACAUCCCCGUCGUGGACAAAGAUCGCAGGGGCGAGCUCUUUUACUACAUGCACCAGCAGGUCAUCGCCAGAUACAACUUUGAGAGGCUGAGCAAUAGACUCCCCUUUGUGGAGCCUUUUGACGAUUUGAAAAAUCCCAUUGCCGACGGAUACUACUCGAAGUUGAAUCAAGGCCUUGGAAGCAAGCCGUGGGCAGGGCGACCUAAAAAUUUGCAAUUUCAGAAUCUGAAUCGCUACGAGUUCAAAAUCAGCGUGCAGGAUCUUUUGCGGUGGAAGAAUCGCAUUCUGGAUGCCAUCAUUCAAGGGAAAGUGAGAAAAGCCGACAACACCGAAAUUGAGCUGAAUGCCAACACGGGAAUCAACAUCCUCGGGAACAUGGUCGAGUCUUCCGUUUUGAGCGUCAACAAGAAGUUUUACGGUGACUUGCACAACAUGAUGCACGUGUUCACCGCUCUCUCGCACGACCCUGACGGCCGCUUCAACGAGGACAUGGGCGUCAUGGGCGAAACCUCAACGGCCAUGCGCGACCCAGCUUUUUACAAAGUCCACGCAAUGGUCGACAACAUAUUCAACAGUUUUAAAGAAACUUUGCCUCCGUACACUGUACCAGAGCUCAAUUUCCCGGCCGUGGAGGUCACCAGCAUUUCUCUGCAGUCGGACCAGUCCGACGUGUUGAACAAACUUGAAACACACUGGGAGAAGUUCACCAUCUCCCUUAACAGGAGCCUUGACUUUCUAGGAGAACCCAACGGCAAUCACAUCGUGUCCAUCAAAACGGAUCGUCUCCAGCAUGUGCCCUUCCAAUAUAACAUCAAGUGCUUAAUUCUGGAAGCAGACCAGUGCAAGGGUUUGUGCGCAUUUUCCUGGCACCGAAAUACAACGACCGUGAUGUGGCAAUUGAUUUUGCCGAGCAAAGAAGAUUGUUCAUUGAACUUGACAGGUUCCAAGUGACAUUACCGGCAAACAAGGUUACAGAGAUUAUUCGCAAGGACUCUGAUUCAACCGUUGCCGUGGAAUACCCGACAGUUCUCACCGAUGCCGAAACCAAUUCCCAGUGCGGCUGGCCGAUGCACUUGCUCAUUCCCAAAGGAACGCCAGGUGGUUACACGGCUCAGCUCUUCGUCAUAGUCACAAACUACGAAUUAGACGUAUAGAUCUUUCUGCAGGUGUCAAUGAGAGGAAUUAAGUUGUCUUGAUUUCA